AAUUGCGCAUGCUGAUGGAUGUUUCUGAACAUUAAAACAAUGCAUUGCUAUGCUAGAAUGCCAAGUCAUUUUAAAUAAAUCAUGUGCCAACUUUAAUUAAUACUACACAUCAAAUGCACCAGAGAAUAUUAAUGCAAUGAGUCACUAAUGUUUUCCAUUUUUUUAAAGGCCCCAGCUUAUUAACGUGGUUUUUGAAGCAAUCGGAUACAAUGUCAGUGGUAUUUUUUACGGUUGCUGUGCCUUUUGUAGUACUGUGAGUGUGCCAUGCCUAUAAAGGAUAAUGGUAUGCAAGGUUUUUGUUGAGUAAUAGCAUAGGUGUAGGUGUGGCUGCUUACCUGUAGGAGUAACAAGCUGAUUCAGCAGCACCUCUGUCUGUAUGGACUCCCGUACUAGCCCCUUUUAGACUUCCUUCAUCAUUUAGUAAAGCUACAUGCUUUCAUUUGGCCAACAAUGGUAGGCUAUAGAGAGCAGAUUGUAAAGGCUAGGUGGUUGCUGUCAUUUCAUUUGAAUGUUUCCAUGAUGAUUCACCACAUGGCCUGGCUUUUAAGGCUUUUAUAAUAUCACUUUAACCCAGCCCAGGGUGUUGCACUCGCAGCACAUGAUGUCAAAGUAGAGUAAACUCCACAAACAAUUUGUUGUCAUCACCUCCCUCCUUACCUGUCAGUACUGCCCUGCUGAUCUUAUCCCAACAGCCUGAACAGGAAAUAAAGGGCUGGCCCUACAGACUGGCUUUCUGCUCAGGAGUCAUUUUCACAUCUGCACAAGAUUGUGAGUGUAAAAAAAAAAACAAACAAAAAAAAAAACGUCCCAUGUUCUGGCAGACUGUGUUGGGUGUGUGCUUAUUGAACUUAACCACAUUUGGGAAGGGUGCCCAAUCUAUUUGUGUGCCUCACAUUUCCCACGUAACUGUGGAUGAAACACUGGCGGGGCGGGGUGUGUCGCCUCAGCUCUGCACAUUUAAUUCAGCCAUCUGGGAGCAGCCCUCGGCUUUAAAUUGAGUGAAAGAUUCAUCAAAGGCGAUUGUAAAUGGCGUCAAUGUGCUGUUUUUGGCUCAACAAUUAAAGCCGCUGCUGGUAAAGAAGUGUGUGUGUUUGCGUUUGUGUUUGUGUGUAUUUGUGAUAUCCAGUUGUAAAAUGAGCUAGGAACCGAGAGAGCUUCUUGAACGGAGGGGGGUUAGAUGUCUUAAAGCCUACAAAACAAGUCCAGUUAUGCUUGUUUUGCUGCUGCUGGGUAUCACAUGACUAGGAUGACUGCACAUCUAUACAGAUGAGCAUUUGUUUCAGUCCAGCUUAAUUUCAGCUGGAGCUACCAAAUCUUGUAUUUUAGGAUAUUUACAAUAUUUUUCUGUUUUUGCUUGGUUGUUUGUUUGUUUGUUUUUAAUUAGUGAAAAGUAUAUAGCUGUGGCACUCCUGAGUCAUCCUCUUUGUACUAUAGCCAAAGACUGACCUCUUAAUAAUGUGCUCUAUCAGAGGUAUUGAUGUGCUUUUAGGCAGACAUCCAUUUAGGAGGUUGAUGUUGUUUUCAAUGUUAAAGCACAGGAUUUUUACAACACACACACACACACAUGCAAACACAUGUGCAGCUGUCAAAGAAAACAACUGUCUUUGGAAACCAGCCGCUCUGAACUCUACUCUCUAGUGUAACACAAGAUUUAUGGCCACAGCUUUGCUACGGUGAUUACAAACGCUCUAUUCUUCCGUGCAUCUCACAUUUGUCCAUUGCCAUCUGUGCCUUUGCUCCACGUACUUGUGCCCUUCUUCUGUUGUCACUCCGCCUCCUGUUGAGGGUGUGACAAGUGAGCGAGUGAGGUAAUGUUUGUGGGCCCUUCUUGCAGCAGGCCCAACUCAACCGGCCACAUUUCACAUCCUUUUUGGAGAAAAGUUAAAUAUAGCAGUGCUGGAAUUGGCAUUUUCCUAAUAGUUGAGUGGGGAGUUUGUGCUUGGCCUGAUUUGGGGUUGCUUUGUUGAAGGAAAACACACUUCUCUCUGAUUUAUGUCACACCUUUCUUUGACUGACCAGCUCAGGUCAAUCUCAGAAAAAUGUCUGCAAAGCUAACACAAGAAGAAAGGGAGGAGAUAAGACAGAUAUUUGAAAGUUACGAUAAGAAUGGAGAUGGGAAUAUCUCUAAACAAGAGCUUGGUGAUCUUCUUAAAGACAUCGGCCAUCCGCUGCCAGGAUUCAGGCUUCGAGAGCUCAUCCAGAAGCUCGAUACAGACAAUGAUGAAAAGCUAAACUUUAACGAGUUUACCUCGAUUGUUGAUGAACUGAAGGCCGGCCAGAUAUCCAAGUCUUUCCGCAAGGCCAUCAACAGAAAGGAAGGCAUCCUGGCUAUUGGAGGGACGUCUGAGCUGUCAAGUGAAGGCACACAACAUUCGUUCUCUGAGGAGGAGCGAUACGCCUUUGUGAACUGGAUCAACACCGCUCUGGAAAAAGACCCUGACUGCAAACAUGUUCUGCCCAUGGAUCCCAACACAAACGCCCUCUUCACGUGUGUUGGAGACGGUAUCGUACUCUGCAAAAUGAUCAACCUGUCAGUGCCCGACACGAUUGAUGAGAGGACCAUAAAUAAGAAGAAGUUGACUCCUUUCACAAUACAGGAGAAUCUAAACCUGGCCCUGAACUCGGCUUCAGCCAUUGGGUGCCAUGUGGUGAAUAUUGGUGCUUUAGACCUGAGAGAAGGGAAGCCCCAUCUGGUGUUGGGCCUGCUGUGGCAGAUCAUCAAGAUCGGUCUCUUUGCUGACAUUGAGCUCAGCAGAAAUGAAGCACUGGCGGCAUUGCUGAGGGAUGGGGAAACUCUCGAGGACCUGAUGAAGCUGUCACCAGAAGAACUGCUGUUACGCUGGGCAAACUUUCACCUGGAAAAUGCUGGACAGAAGAAGAUCAACAACUUCAGCUCUGACAUUAAAGAUUCAAGAGCCUAUUUCCACCUUCUGAAUCAAAUCUCUCCAAAAGGCACAGAUGAGGAUAAGCCACGCAUAGACAUCAACAUGGCAGGAAUCAAUGAGAAAGACGACAUGAAGAGGGCAGAUGCCAUGCUGCAGCAGGCUGACAGACUCGGCUGUCGGCAGUUUGUCACUCCAGCUGACGUUGUCAGUGGAAACCCCAAACUCAACCUUGCUUUCGUGGCCAAUCUGUUUAAUAAAUAUCCAGCACUGACCAAACCUGAGAAUGAGGAUAUUGACUGGGGACUGUUGGAAGGUGAGACGAGAGAAGAGAGGACGUUCCGAAACUGGAUGAACUCCCUGGGAGUGAACCCACACGUGAAUCAUCUGUAUGGAGACCUACAGGAUGCCCUGGUCAUCCUUCAGCUCUAUGAUAAGAUUAAAGUGCCGGUUGACUGGAACAACAAGGUCAACAAGCCACCAUACCCUAAACUGGGAACCAACAUGAAAAAGCUGGAGAAUUGUAACUAUGCAGUGGAACUGGGCAAAACGGCCAAGUUCUCCCUCGUUGGCAUCGGCGGGCAGGACCUGAAUGAUGGCAAUGCUACCUUGACUCUAGCACUGGUGUGGCAGUUGAUGAGAAGAUAUACGCUGAAUGUACUGGAGGACCUUGGUGAUGGAGAGAAAGUAAAUGAUGACAUCAUUGUACGCUGGGUGAACAAAACAUUGGCAGAGGCUGGAAAAUCAGCCAAGAUUUCAAGUUUUAAGGACAAGGAGAUCAGCAGCAGUUUGGCAGUACUGGAACUCAUAGACGCCAUCCAGCCUGGCAGCAUUGACUAUGAUCUGAUCAAAACUGGUAGACUCUCUGACGACGACAAGCUGGAGAAUGCCAAAUAUGCCAUUUCCAUGGCGAGGAAGAUUGGAGCCCGCGUCUACGCUCUCCCAGAAGACCUCGUGGAGGUCAAGCCCAAAAUGGUGAUGACUGUCUUUGCCUGCUUGAUGGGUCGGGGGAUGAAACGAGUCUAACUAGCUGGAAUCAUUGUGACAAUUACUCAUACCCACAGGCCAUUAGCAUUUUGAGAGAGCUGCCCCGUUCGAAGGAAUUAUGUUUUGUUUUGUUUUUUCUUGUGUGUCAGAAUCAUACAUUUGCAUGUGUCCCUGCAUCUUCUGAUUAAUAGAGGUGUUUUCUGAAGAAUAAUGUGCUUUCAUCUUAUUUAAAGUGAGGCUGCAAAACUAAAAUUUCUAAAGACUUUGAUCAUCUUUACAGUUUCAGUAUGCAGAACUCUUAACGUGUAAGAAUGCUGUUUUGUUUUGUGUUUUUUAAGCGAGCGUGCCUGUUUGCAGCUGCAAGGUUGUUUACAUAUUUUUACUCAGCUCGAUAAGUAAAUUAUAGCCUUGAGUAAGCAAAACACAUUCCCAAAUACCAUAGUUAUGAAUAAAUGCUUGGUAAAUGUUUGGGAAGGGGGAGGGGGAAUAAAAAGAGAAGAGGCAUCAGACAACCAUUUCCUCUCACUUGAUGAAGUAAAACCAUGGCCUAAACUGGCAUCUUAACUGGCAACGUAAACGUCUACAUAUCCAUAUACAGAAGCCAUAAGGUCUGAUCAUAGUAAAGACCAUGGUGAUGUGCGAUCUGUAUUCUUGUACUCGUCAUUUGUUUGUUUAUUGGGAUCAUUAUGCGAUGUAAAUGCUGUUCUUUGGGUGUUUCUGGUCUUAGUUGUUUGGGUUUUUGUUUUUUAAAGUAUCUGUUACGUUGGAUGAAGAGCAGGCUGACUGGAUUCUCCUGGCUUCUGCUGUGCCUUCUUGUCUCAAAGACAACUUGCACUCAUGCGUUGAGUUUUUCCUUUCCUUUUGUAUUCACUGUUACCAAAUAUAAAUUGCAACUUCAUUCCAGGUAGCUUUAUGAUACUCUAUGACAAUGGCCAGAUUGUAUUUGGUCUCGUGUUCAUGUCUAUUCCUAAGGGCUUUACAUGCAACAAUAAAUAUGCCUUGGAAAAACCA